AUGUACUCCAUCAGAAGCCUGCCCACCAUGGCAGCCCGGGAGCAACGAGAGGAAGAUGGAGUGGAGGAUAUGACACAGCUAGAGGAGAUGCAUGAAGGGGUUGUUCUGCUGAACCUGAGGAAAAGAUUUGAGAGGGAGAUUAUUUAUACAUACAUAGGUAGUAUUCUGGUUUCUGUGAACCCCUAUAAGAUGUACAACAUCUAUGGGACGGACAUGGUGCUGCUGUACAAGGGUCAUGCUUUGGGAGAGAACCCUCCGCAUUUGUUUGCCAUAGCAAAUGCUGCUUAUUCGAAAAUGAUGGAUGCCAAACACAACCAGGUCAUAAUUAUAAGUGGAGAGAGCGGGUCUGGGAAAACAGAAGCCACCAAACUGGUCCUUCGCUAUCUAGCAGCAAUGCAUCACAAAUGCAAUCUUCCGCAUCAGAUUGAGAUUCUUGAGGCUGCUCCUCUGCUGGAAUCUUUUGGAAAUGCCAAAACUGUACGGAACGAUAAUUCAAGUCGCUUCGGGAAAUACAUAGAGAUCUUUCUGGAGGAUGGUGUGAUCAGUGGUGCCAUAACCUCUCAAUAUCUUCUGGAAAAGUCCCGUAUCGUCUUCCAGGCCAAAGAUGAGAGGAACUAUCAUAUCUUCUACGAGAUGCUGGCAGGUCUUCCCUCGCAGCAGAGGCAGGCUUUCUAUCUGCAGGAGGCUGAGACCUACUAUUACCUCAACCAGGGGGGGGAUUGUGGGAUAACAGGAAAGAAUGAUGCAGAGGACUUCCUGCGUCUGCUCGCUGCCAUGGAGAUCCUUCACUUCACCCCUGACGACCAGUCGGCCAUCUUUAGAGUUCUUUCUUCCAUCCUGCACCUCGGCAACGUCUACUUCCAGAGACAUGAGGCCGAUGGCCAGGAGGUGGCGUCAGUGGUGAGCGCUCAGGAGAUCAGAGUGGUGGCCGAGCUGCUGCAGAUCUCUCCAGAGGGACUGCAGAAAGCCAUCACAUACAAAGUCACAGAGACGAUGAGGGACAAGAUCUACACCCCGCUGACUGUGGAAAGUGCUGUUGAUGCCAGAGAUGCUGUUGCCAAGAUCCUGUACUCGCUGCUCUUCCAUUGGUUAACAGAGAGGAUCAACGCUCAGGUGUAUCCCCGCCAACACUCCCUCUCCAUCUCCAUCCUGGACAUUUACGGAUUUGAGGAUCUGGCCUUCAACAGCUUCGAGCAGCUUUGCAUUAAUUAUGCAAACGAAUACCUGCAGUUCUUCUUCAACAGGAUCGUAUUCAGGGAGGAACAGGAGGAGUACAGCCGGGAACAGAUCCCCUGGCAGGACAUCCAAUUCAGUGACAACCAGCCCUGCAUCGACCUCAUUGCCGCUAAGCCUCAUGGGAUACUGAGGAUCCUGGACGACCAGAGCUGUUUCCCACAGGCGACAGACCACACCUUCCUCCAAAAGUGUCACUAUCACCACGGCAACAACCCCCUGUAUAUGAAGCCAAAGAUGCCCCUCCCAGAGUUCACCAUCAAGCACUUCGCUGGACGAGUCACCUACCAGGUUUACAAGUUCCUUGAUAAGAACUACGACCAGGUCCGUCAGGAUGUUCUGGACCUGUUCAUUCAGAGCAAGAACAAGAUGGUGUCAAACCUCUUCCGGGUUCACGCAGAGGUCACAGGUCAGCAGAGAGGUCACAUGAGGAAGAGCAGCACCGUCACCAGGAGAUACCAAGCGCCCACCGUCAGCAACAAGUUCCAACAGUCCCUGCUGGAGCUGGUGGAGAAGAUGGAGAGGUGCAACCCUUUAUUUGUACGCUGCAUUAAGCCAAAUAAUAUGAAGCACCCGGGUGUGUUUGAGGAGGAGAUGGUCGGCAGUCAGCUGAGACACUCUGGCGUCCUCGAGACCAUCAGGAUCCGUAGAGAGGGGUAUCCUGUCAGAAUGCCAUUCUACAUCUUCCUGUUCAGGUAUAAGUCCCUGGUGGGUUUACGAGAGCCUCCAGCAGCGAAUGGAGACAACUGUAUAAUAAUGCUCAGCAAACUGUGUGUUCUCCGACAUGGAGCCUUCCACGUUGGAGUCACAAAGCUGUUUCUGAAGGAGGACAUCUACCAGCUGUUGGAGUGUAAGCGGGAGCGCUCCCGUCAGCUCGCCGCUCUCACCCUGCAGCGCUACACACGCAUGUUCUUCGUCAGGAAACGAUUCAUAGCCUUUCGCAGGAAGAUCAUCGGGCUGCAGGCUCAGUGCCGAGGCUUCCUCACCAGGAAGCGCUAUGUGAAAAUGAGGCAGAGUCUGGUUCGGUUUCGCUCUCUCGUCCACAUGUACGUCAACCGCAAGCAGUACAUCAAGAUGAAGUUUGAAGCCCAGAGGAAAGCUGAAGAAGAAAGGAGGCGGAGAGAGAUGGAGCUGACCAAAAGGGAGGUGGUGAACGUCACACACUUGGUGAUCCCUGCAGAGCUGGGCGCGUUGCUGCAGGCAGCGGGAGUCAGGAGGGAGUUACACUCAGACUGUCUGGCUCUGCUUCAAACUCCUCACAUCCAGGAAGAGGCUCAACUCACCCUUCCUCUGGACAUCAACAACUACCCGUUCUUCCGCUAUGUGCAGAUCUACUUUAGGGAGCCAAAGUUUGGGAUGUUGACGGCUCCUCUGGAGUCUCCGCUGACCCGUGUAGAGGACGACCUGAGAGGAGAAGCUCUGCAGCUCUUCAUCAUGGUACUGCGGUUCAUGGGGGACCCUCACCUGAACGGGGCUCAGGAAAACAUGUUCGGGAACUACAUCAUCCAGAGAAGCCUGUCAUCUCCGGGGUUACAGGACGAGAUCCUGGCUCAGGUGGUGAACCAGGUGUGGAGGAACGUGAACAUUGAGAACGCUGAGCGAGGCUGGCUGCUGCUGCUGGCCUGCGUCUGCAGCUUCGCCCCCUCGCCCAAGAUGGACAAAUAUCUGCUGAAGUUUGUAUCUGACCACGCCCCCGCUGGUUGCCAGGCACUGCUGCAGCACAGACUCAUCCAAGCCAAUCAGAAGACACAGCUAGGUUCUGGCUCCACCCCCGAGACUGCACGGACCUAUCCGCUUUCGCUUCUGGAGUGGACGGCCAAUAGGAAGAAGGCUAACAUGGUGUUGCACGUGCACUGCUUUGACGGAGGAUCAUUCUUGUGUCCGGUCCAUUCCUGGACCAGUGGGGAGGAAUUAGCGGGGGACAUUCUGCGGCACAGGGGGGUGUCGGACUGGUGGAGGGGGAGUUCAGUCCUGAUGAAGGAGCACGGCCAGUGGGUGGAGUUAGCGGGUCACGACUAUGUGAUGGACCUGAUUUCAGACCUGGAGCUUCCCCCGGACUUCCCAAAGCAGAAGAGCUACUUCGUGAUCAGCAGCGACGACCCGGCCAGAGUCAGAGCCAACGCCAGCCUUGCUCUGUUUGGCAGUGGCUUUGAUUCUGACGAGGAUCUUCCUCACCGUAUGAGCAGACCAGCGUACAGUCUGCCUGACUCUGACGGUUACUACAGCCAUGUAGAGUCAGAUGCUUUCAGUGACGGUCAGACUCAGAGAGGGAUGGACCGGUACCUGGACAGCCUGUUCGACCCGGUGUUGUCAGACAGCAGCAUGGACAUGGAUAAGUCUGGAAAUUUUUCAGCGAGGAUGAAGGGAGGAGGAGGUAUCGGCAUCCCAGGAGGGGGAAGAGGAGAGGGGGAGACUCAGGCAACCCCCAGUCGGCCUUACCCACCAGGAAUACACCCCGGAGGAUCGGAGCACACGGUACUGACCCAACAGCAACAGGCCAUCAUCAACCAGCAGGCUAUCAUUCUGGCCCAGCAGAUGACCAUGCAGGCCAUAGCGAUCCAGCAGCAGAUGUUGUCCGCCUUCCCCCCUGCUGCCCCGGCGCCACAGUCACCGCCCUCUCAGUAUCACAUGGCACAAUACUCCAGUCCUACCAAUGAGAGGGAGGAGUCGCCGUACAAGCCUGCUGCUGUUCAGCGCAAAAUGAGUCCGACCCGCGGCCCCCCUCCUGAGGACGUGGUACGAUCCAGUAGCAGUAACACGGAGCGCAUCGAUCCCAGCCACAACAUCAAAGACAUCAUCAAGCAGCACCAGCCCGCGGACACGACCACUUCUGCUGGACCCGCCCCAUCAAGGAAAGGUGAUGGAAAGGCGUUUGGGAAGAAGCCCGACCCACAUGAUGAAGCUAUGGAAAUCCUUAAAGAUCAGAUGGCAAACCCCCCACAACCGACUCAAAGGAAGCCUCAGUCCUCAAUACGCAAAGAAGAUGGAGGAGUUAAGGUUACCAAGGCGACCAAGUCUCGCCCCACUGGGCCGACUAGCUCCAGCAUAAGCCCCGCCCCCCCUCCAGUCUCUAGAGAGCUGCCAGUAGAGCAGGAGAUCAUUCAGACUCAACUCCACAGUAGGAGCAGUGAGGAAUAUUACACCUACUCCAACGUCCCCUGGAAACUCUACAUGAGGAAAGAGGUUUUCUAUCCUAAAGAGACGUUCAACAGUCCGCUGAUUCUUGACCUGCUCUUCAGACAGGUCGUACACGACACUUUCUCUGAGGCCUGCAUCCGUAUCAGCCAGGAGGAGAGACAGAAGAUGAGAGCUCUAUUCGCUGAAAACAAGGUGGAGCAAGUGUCAGGAACACACGAUGAGACGGUGAAGAAGAAAUGUGUCACCGUGGCCAGGGACUCAUGGGAGAUUUACUUCUCCCGCCUCUUCCCAGCCUCUGGCAGUGUGGGGACAGGGGUGCAGGUGCUGUCUGUGUCUCAUAAAGGCAUCAAGCUUCUGAAGAUGGUGAGGAACAGCUCUUCUGCUCCAGACUACUUCAGAGUGCUGAGGCCUUACAGCUACUCGGACAUCCUGUUUGUGUCGAUACCCUCCAAGAACAUGCUGGAGUUCAACCUGAGCAACGAGAAGCUCAUCCUUUUCUCCGCCAAGGCCCCGCAGGUCAAACACAUGAUCGACUACUUCCUCACGGAGCUCAAGAAGGACUCGGAGUACGUGGUGGCGGUGAGGAACUACAUCACAGAGGACAGGACUCUGCUCAGCUUCCACAAAGGAGACAUCAUCAGAGUGCAGCACAUGGACGGGCUGGAGGCCGGCAAACACUACGGCUGCAUAGUGCGGAAGAAGGUCCUGCUUCUGGAGGAGCUGAAGAGAGACACUCCUGAGUUUGGCUGGCGGUUCGGUGCUGUGUACGGAAAGUCUGGUGUGUUUCCGAGCGACUACGUCCGUCCUGUAGCUGCUCCGGACUUCCUGGUUCUCCCAGCUGAGCGCGUAGAGCCUCGGGACCGACAGGGGCGGGUCGCUGCGUCUGCUGCUAUCGCCGUGGCGAUGGGCUCAGCGGUGGCUGCCCAUGAGCUCGACCUCUCCACUGAGGUGGUUAAUGAGAUGUAUGGGGACAGUGUGAGUGCGGAGCUGGACGAUCUGCCUCUGCACGGCGGCCAGUACUACAUGGCUGAGUUUGCUAAGAAGUACUUCAGAGAGGCGCAGAGGAACAAGAGUGAUCAGAAAGCCAAAAAGGGGAAGGAGGGCAGGGAUCCUCAUGACAUGGUCAAAUUCUCCAAGUCUCCGAUCCAGGAGUCUCUGAUCGACUUCUCAGACAGUGGGAUGAACAGAGUGGCUGUGGACAUCUUCAUAGCCAUAAUGAAGUUCAUGGGAGACUUCCCACUGAAGGGUCAGACCGAGCAGGACCUGGCCACCUCUAUACUGAAGUUAAGUGCUGACCAUGGCCUGAUAAAGGAUGAAUCCUACUGUCAGGUGAUGAAGCAAGUGACCUCCAACACCAGCUCCAAACCGGACAGUUGUCAGAGAGGAUGGCGGCUGCUGUACAUCCUGACAGCUUUCUAUCGCUGCUCUGACGUCAUGAAGCCGUUUCUGCUGAAGUUCCUGCAGGAUGCCUGUGAGAGCCCCGGGAUGCAGUACCAAGGCAUUGCCAAGGCGUGUGAGCAGAAUCUAAGGAGGACCUUUCAAUAUGGCGGACGUAUACAGUAUCCGAACAGCAUGGAACUCAAAGCCAUGCUGGCUGGGCGGAGCUCCAAGAGACAGCUGUUCCUGUUGCCUGGCGGGAUAGAAAGACACGUGAAAAUCAAGACAUGCUCUGUUGCUUUGGAUGUCAUCGAGGAGCUUUGCUAUGAGAUGGGACUGCACAGGGUGGAGGCUCUGGAUGAAUAUGCCAUCUUUCUGGUCACACACAAAGGUCAGAAUGUGCGUCCCCUGAACAAGCGGGAGUACAUCCUGGACAUCGCCACAGAGGCCGAGCCGGUGGACGCCAGCUACAGUCUGUGGUUCAGGAGAGUCAUAUGGAGCCUGGCUCUCAAACUGGACAACGAACUCUACGUCACCAUGCACUAUAACCAGGUGUUGCCAGACUACCUGAAGGCCUUGCUUAGCGUCGUUCCUCAGGCGAAGGCGAGCGACCAGCAUCUGCAGCAGAUCGCCAGACUGUCUGCCCUCCAGCACCGUGCCAAGGACACCGUCUACCUGCCCACCUUGCGUGACGUGCAGGAGUGUGUCCCUCCACAGUUCUACAGCAAACAGGGCUCCCAGCACUGGCUGAACAUGACGACUCAGCACAUGCAGCAGGUGCAGCCCUUAAACCCAAACCAGGCUCGAGCCCAGUUCCUCGGUCUGGUCAGUGCCUUCCCGAUGUUCGGCUCCUCCUUCUUUUACAUCCAGAGCUGCAGCUCCGCCUCCAUCAGCGCACCGUGCAUCCUGGCCGUGAAUCUGAACGGACUGCACUUUCUCAACAAGGACACUCAUGAGGCCAUGGUGCGUUUCCCUCUGAAGGAAGUCCAGUCCACUCGCACUCAGAGACCAACUUCGGGCUCCAGCUACCCGUACGUGGAGAUCAUGAUAGGAGACCUGCUCAACCAGCGCAUCACACAGCUACAGCUGGAGCAGGGCCUGGAGCUGUGCAGAGUCAUCGCCAUGCACAUGGAGAACAUGUUAUCAGUCAGAGAAAAGAGACUCACUUUGCCACCAAGUGAAAUUACUCUGCUGUAACACAAACAAGCAAACACACAUGCACACACA